UAUUCAUUUAGCGACUCCUUUCUACUACCUUUUUAUCUAAGGAUUGCGCGGCCAAAUCAAAGCAAUAUGGCGGCUUGACAUAAUAAUUUUUGAUACGGAAUAUAUUAUUUUGAUUGUAACGAAAUAAUCGUCCCGCAGUUCUAUUAAAUUAUUCUUUGGUUGAAAAUUAACACGAAAGUACGUUGCCGCGUAGAAAUAUCAAGCGAAACGUGGUCACGAGCCGGUCGUGGGCAAAGGUUCCGCGAUUUAAAACUGAAUAGUGCUUCCAAAAUUUAUUUUAUUAAUAGACGCAAAGAUGUCCCUAAUUACUGAAUUAAACUAGUAUCGUUGUGCAGUGAGGCUUAGUGUUGAUCACCAGUUUUCUAUGAAGAACUAUGUCGUCUACACAAAGCAAAAUGCGAGGUCCAGGAAGACCACCAAAAUCAAAAAACUCUUGUACAUGGUGCGGAGAAACUAAACAGCCUUUGAAAUAUGUUCUUCCUACGCAACACGGGAAAAAAGAAUUUUGUUCUGAGACCUGUUUAUCCGAAUUUCGCAAAGCUUAUGUGAGAGGAGCCUGCGUUCAAUGUGACAACGUUAUUAGAGGUACACCGGUGAGAUUGGAACAGAAAGAUGGACCGACGAAAGAUUUUUGUUCUUCGUUUUGUUUAAAUAAACAUCAGAAGAAAGAGGGACAAACCGAAGCAAAGAAAAACAAUAGGGACCAAUCAUCACCUUCACCAUCAAUUUCACCAGGAUUGUUAAGUGGAAAUAAUGUUCCAUCUACAACUCAGUCUUUCACAAAUGCUAAUAACCAUACAGCCAUGUCUCAUCCACCCUCGACUUCUACUGGUCCAUUUCAGUACGAAACAUAUCAAACUUUUGAUUGGGAUCUCUACUUGAAAGAAACAAAUAGUCAAGCUGCACCUAUCGAAUGCUUUAAACAGCAUGAAGUCCCACCGAUUAACGAAUUCAAAAUGGGUAUGAAGUUGGAAGCCCUUGAUCCUCGUAACUUAACAUCGACUUGCAUUGCGACUGUAGUCGGUGUUCUCGGUCCGCGACUCAGAUUAAGACUGGAUGGCUCGGAUAAUAAAAAUGAUUUUUGGCGUUUGGUUGAUAGCAACGAAAUUCAUCCCAUCGGCCAUUGCGAAAAGUCUGGUGGCAUGUUACAGCCCCCGUUAGGCUUCCGAAUGAAUGCUUCCAGUUGGCCCAUGUUUCUUUUAAAGACUUUAAACGGGGCAGAGAUGGCACCUGCAAAAGUAUUCAAACGUGAACCGAAAACACCGCGUUCCAAUAUGUUCGAAGUCGGGCAUAAAUUAGAAGCCAUAGAUAAAAAGAAUCCGCAACUUAUAUGCACAGCAACUGUUGGCGCUGUUAAAGACGAUAUGAUUCACAUUACAUUCGACGGCUGGAGGGGUGCUUUCGAUUACUGGUGCCGCUUUGACUCUAGGGAUAUCUUUCCUGCUGGAUGGUGUUUUAAAAGUGGUCAUCCGUUACAGCCUCCAAGACAAAAAUCAACAGGGCCUAACAGAUUUAAAUCAAGGACCAGUAAUGUCUUACCGGUAAUGGCGAUAUCUGGUGGAGGCACUAACGGAGAACCAGCCGUUGCUUUGGUAAGCCCUGCAGGUUCCAGUGCUCCUCCGCAACCAGCUACAGAACCUGAUACUAGUACAGCUAAUACCAAACCACAUUCUCUAGAGAAUGUUACAAUUUAUGUAAACCACAAUUGUACUUGUGGUCCUUACUUUGAUCCUCGUAAAGUAAAAGCUAUGCCAGCACAAUUUGGCACCGGUCCCAUAUUAAAUGUUACAAGAGAUAUAUUUCAAGCUUUCCUGAUGGCAGCAAUGAGUCCAAGACAAAUGUUAAGCUUAUUAAAACGUGGUGAAGGAGAAACCAUAAGCUUAAUUUUAGAGAGUAAACCUACUUCUGUUAGGUUACCAAUAUUUAUGGAGGAGGAGGAUUUUUACAUAUACAUAAGGCGGCAACUUGAAGAUCUUUGCGCGUGCGAGCACAUGUUGUUCAGGAGAAAGGAAUCUUGUAAUAAAUGUCCAAAUACCCAGCAACCACAAUCUACGAACAGCGAAGAAACAGUUGGCACUGGUACAACUAAUAGCACUACUACCGCAGAGAAAAGAAGAUGGCAAUCUCAAAGUCAACAAAAUUUAUCGUCGAGUAUCCAGCAACAGCAAAUACAACAGAAUUCUGUGCCAAGUAUGAAUAAUUCGACACUGUCGUCCCCAACAGCUAUGAAACAACCUAGGAAAUCCGUUCCAGAACUUGAAGCUGCAACGUCAACCACUCAGUCAGAAAGUUCUAUGAAUCGUACAGCUUCUACUGAACCAGCGGAAUGGACUAUCGAAGAUGUAAUACAUUAUAUUGGUGUCACUGAUCCUGCGUUAGGGCAACAUGCAGAUUUAUUCCGGAAACACGAAAUUGAUGGGAAAGCUUUAUUACUUUUAAAUUCUGAUAUGAUGAUGAAGUAUAUGGGACUGAAACUUGGGCCAGCACUUAAAAUAUGCAAUUUGGUAAAUCGUAUUAAAGGUAGAAGGCAUAUUCUUCUAUGACUUUGUUAAACAUCAAACUAUGUAUAGUGAGUUGAAUCAACCCAUUACUUAAACUGGCUGGUCAAAUUUGUUUUCAUUAUUGAAAACAAAGUAAUAUAUAAGUUGUUAAAAUAAUGUGAAUAUAUUGAUUAUAAACUUUUGGAACCUAUUCAUUUGUCAGUUAUCAUAGACUUUAAGUAAAAGAAAUCAAAGUUUAAUUUUAUUUUAAUGUUUAAAUAGUUACAUUCUUAAAGAAAUAUAAAAAUUACGUUAGUUACGUGA